AUGGCACAUCUCGAAGCCCGCAAACACAUUUCCCCAGACUCGGGCUUCCCUAUCACCUUACACCCAGGAUUCAAUGCAAAGAUCAAAGACUGGGCUCCCCCGGAGCCUCUUCGCGAGGAGUUCAGCCCGAAAACGGACCGCGCGUUGUUUGCCGAUCCCGAGAAGAAGGCACUCUUCGCGAUCGCAAGGCGCGUGGAUCUGACCGAAUCCAUCGGCACGCUGCUGGAAAACGUCCAGCUCUCGCAGUUGGAUGAGAAGCAGCUCGACGAACUCGCCUUGCUUGUCACGGAGAGGGGGGUGGUGUUUUUCCGAGACCAGGACCUCACCACCGAGGGCCAGUACAAGCUCUUUGAACAUUACGGGACACUUGAUCGACAUCCAGCUCAAAAGGAUCAAAAGCAUGUGGUGAUCAAAGGAAGCCAGGAGGACCAUCGCGAGAUAUUGAAGUACACUCCGUGGCCUUCAGGGGACUGGCACGCCGAUACGUCUUUUGAGAUCAACCCUCCAUCCUAUUCUCUGCUGCGCAUGGAAGAGCACCCCAAAGUCGGAGGCGACACUGCAUGGAUCUCGCAGUACGGCACAUACGACGCCUUGAGCAAAGCCAUGCAGAGGUUCGUCGAAGGGCUACACGCCGUCCACACUUCGCGGCUUCAGUACGACACGAUCCUCGACCUCUGGGGCGUCGGUCCGAACCGACCGCCCAUCGACACCCAUCAUCCAGCCGUCCGCACGCAUCCAGUCACAGGUCUGAAAGCGCUGAACGUGAACCCCGGCUUCGUCACGGGCUUCGCGGAACUCAACAAGAAGGAGUCAGAUAAACUGCUCGAGUUCUUCGAGUAUCACCUCCAUUCGGCCGACGACCACUACGUGCGCUGGAAAUGGGCCGUCGGCAGCGUGGCCAUGUGGGACAACAGAUGUACCGCCCAUCGCGUCAUCCCAGGAACAUACGACAGUCCGAGAAAGGGUAUCCGGACGACGGUGUUUGGCGAGAAGCAUCCUCUUGUCUUGUUGCACAGUCCCAUAAAUCCUAGUCUGCUAACACUCUCGCCCUCUCUCUCUGCGGAGGGGGAGGGGGACGAUCCCACAGCCUACUUCGACCCCGCGAGCUCGAGCCGUCGCGAACGACAACAGCAGGCCGCAACCGGCGUUGCGCUCAACGGCGUUCCGCCAUCGACGAAUGGGGCAGGGAACCCCAAGACCAAAACCUCAGAGUCCGCCCGAGAACGCGAACGCGAGACGGAGGGCGAAUCUCUGAGCACGCCUGCCUGAAGAAGGACUUGGGCACGUACUCCCUCCAAGGUUAAGAGUCUACACAUCGCACAGCUACAUGCCUUUACACAUCAAUAUAUGGAUAGUGCUAGCACCUGAUGCUAUUGUGGAUGCAAGGGAAGACGAAAGGACAAAAGAGGUUGGGAGACGCGGAAAGCAACGCAGCUUGAGAGAGAAACGGCAGGCGGUACCAAAAUCUCUUGGUGAGGACUGACACCGGGGACACCAGGGGGCUUUUGAUAGACGAGUAUGGCGGAAGUAGGCAGUAC